CGCUUCAGAUCUUCUCCGACUCACUCCUGACUGGCGCGCUGGCUCCCACCUUCGCUGACCUUGGCCGUAGCGCACUUGAUCACAUCUCUGUCAAGCCAAUCCUCUUUGAUUGCUGCUCCUUGCCGCGCCUGUCCUCUGAAAGCAGCUGGGUCCUCGCGGCUUUGCCAGGACACCCCGAUUCCUUUCACCUAGCCAGGCGCAGCAGAACUUAUCCUGCCAUCAUGUCCAGCGCCGCGCUCCUGAACUUUGGAGCUUCGACUUCACGUGCUUGUGCUGCGACGACGAGGACGGGAACGGGUGCGUUCGGGGUGCUGAAGACUUCCCGUGGUGCAGCCGCACAGCCCAAAGCCGAGCGGUCAUUCCACUGCUGUCCACCUCAAAUGAAAGCCCCCGUAAAGAAAGCUGCGCAGAAGACACGCGUGGUUCGCAAAUCCGGUACGGUCGCAGAGCGGCCUCGCGGUUCUGGGCCUCGAAGGGCAAACACGGCAGGAACUCAUACCAAGCAGGCGCCUUUCUACGAGCUGAGCAUCGUCAGAUCCAACUUACCCGUCUUGGAUGCUCAAGUCUACGCAGAAGGCAAUGUCGGCAGGGCGUACGCGUGGAAUGAGCAAAUCACCAAAUUCUCUAGGGAGACAUUGUUGCCUCAUCGCAUUCAGCAGGAUAUCCCGAGGACCAUCCUUCGCUCGACGACGCUUCAGCUUCAAUCAGCUCUUGACCAAGCAGUAGCGUCAGUCGACAGUCCAAGACAUUUGCUCGUUGGAGGGCCUUCCACGGGAAAGUCGCACAUCCUGCUUCAAGCAGUGUCCUAUGCGCUCGGCAAAGGGUACAUUGUGGCGUACAUCAAGAGCGGAAUCAACUUGAUUCGAGGAACAUCGGCCUUCGUCUACGCGCCAAAGCUGCAAGUAUAUGCCCAAAGCUUCUUGGAGCGGCGUAUUGCGGAGUCUUUGCGGGUGCAAGAAUUGCUAGCAGAGGUGCCGGUGAUCGAAUCUCCGCUAAGGGAGCAAACAAAGGGUGCCUACUUCGGAUCAUGCAAGACGUUGGCAUCCUUCGCGGCUUCAGACAAGACGCUUCCGGUCCCUCGUUCCGCAGCGUUUGCUCUUUUGCUGCAGAGCUUGAGCCAGCAGACCAAGGUGCCUUUCCUACUGGCGAUCGACGAAGCUCAAGCUCUCUACAUGCAGAGCGCAUACACGGACGUAGAUCAUAAACCCCUUCAAGCUUGGGAGUUGUCUCUUCCUCGGACACUCUUGUCGGCCAUGCAGCAGGGUCCGCAGCGGGGUGCGCUCAUGGGCGCAAUAGGCAUGAGCUCUACGCAGUGGUAUCCGACUCCGGCCCUCUUGAGAUCCAUCGACAGGCCCGAUUUGGAUCCUGCGGCCAUGGGCUUGAAGAGAUCUCUUCCUUACAACCCGUACACUCAUGAGGAAGAGCUCAACGAAAAGCACGCCAAAGAAAGCAGGUGGUCUGCUCUGGAUGUGCCUCCUCUUACUGAUGUGGAGGCGAGAGGUCUGUGGGAGGUCAAGCGAAGGGAAGGCGGGUAUUGGAGCACGCCAAACGAUGAGCUAUUCAUCUCCAAAUACCUAGAGUCUGCUGGCAAUAUCGGCGCUUUCUCAAAGAGUCUGGUCCGGACUUCCCUCUAACAGACGCUAAUGAAAAGGGGUCGAAGUCAAUCACGGCCAUUUGUAGGGUAGCAGCUGCAAUGUCAUUGUAUUGAAGGAUGAUAGAGAUGCAUCAGUCAGCAGCGCAAAGCCACGUCCGUCCUGUGAGCUGAGUUGAUUAGAGGUACAAUGAUGGUGGCCGCUCGCAAAAUUACGUCAACUCAAGACAGCCGCUCGGGUCCGGGAAGUCAGCCGCGGGGCUGUCUACGUUCUCUGAAAGCGCGCAUAUCUCUUUCUACGUCCUUUUCCAUCUGCGCUUCUUCAUCUUCCUCCCUCCGCCUUUCCCUCUCCUCGAUCUCCCGAGUAAUCUCCUC